AUGUCUGAACAGGAGCGAUUGCAGGAGUUUCAAAACGCGAAUAAAAUAGUUUUUGAUCAAAAUACAAGACAGGUUUGGGAGUCUCAAGAGAAAAAUGACAUAGACAACAGUAAUGCUAAAGACAUUGCAGUAAAGAGUCAGCAAGAGGACGAAUCAGAUGAUUCAGCUACAUCAGGUAUAGUCCCUACUCUUCAAAAUAUCGUGGCUACUGUGAACCUGGGAUGUCGGCUAGACUUAAAAACAGUGGCACUUCAUGCGCGUAAUGCGGAAUACAACCCAAAGCGUUUUGCCGCUGUUAUUAUGCGUAUUCGAGAACCAAAAACUACGGCAUUGAUUUUUGCAUCAGGUAAAAUGGUUGUAACAGGUGCCAAAAGUGAAGAUGACUCCAAAUUAGCAAGUAGAAAAUAUGCUAGAAUUAUCCAAAAGAUUGGUUUCGCAGCCAAAUUCACUGAUUUUAAGAUUCAAAACAUUGUUGGUUCAUGUGACGUGAAAUUUCCUAUCCGUUUAGAAGGUUUGGCAUUCAGUCAUGGACCUUUCUCAUCGUAUGAACCGGAAUUAUUCCCUGGAUUAAUUUAUAGAAUGGUGAAGCCAAAAAUUGUCCUGUUGAUUUUUGUUUCGGGUAAAAUUGUUCUGACUGGUGCUAAGCAAAGAGGUGAAAUUUAUCAAGCUUUUGAAGCUAUAUAUCCGGUGUUGAGUGAAUUUAGGAAGAUAUAA